AUGCCACCACAUGCGAAACGCGAGAGGUGUCGCCGACGCAAGACCUCCCAGGAGGAAAGGAUUUGUUCUAUCUGCUCUCAGUCGUUUAAGAAGGCGGAGCACCUGGCCCGCCAUUUCCGCUCGCACACCAAAGAGAGGCCGUUCACGUGCCAGAGCUGUGGCAAGGUCUAUGUCAGACAGGACUCCUUAUUACGCCAUUCGAGAUUGCAGCACGGCCAUACGCAGCCGAAUGGACCAAUGAACGAGGGUACUGGAAUCACCAUGGGAGGUCCCCCCUUGCGUGGCCCGAAUGAGCACGCGAAUGCGUUGAUGGAAACAUCCGCGAUGGCCGGUGUCCGACAAACGGUUCCCAUACCAGAGCAGCUCGCGCUAGAGCUGCAGGUACGACCUGAGGACAACACAGGAUCGGGGUUAACACCCCCGUUUGGACCGUAUACCGUAGACUUAGCCGCUGAAGACGAUCCAACUACUCGGGAACCGGAUGUUCCCAUGGCCCAAUUUGCCCCCACGGAGAUGGGCGAUUCCGUCCCGGCUUGCAAUGGCCCUUGGCCUGUAGUAUGGGACGGACCGGGGGAUCUGGACUGGACAUCAAUCGACGAGCUCCGUGCAAAAGAUGCUGUCCGCGGCUUGGGCGGCACAGCGGGACCGAUUCAGAGAAGAUGGCAUACCUUCUCCGAAACCGCGAUAUCAUCCGGCCAGACCACACCAGAUCAGAGCGAUCCUGGCAACAAUCACCCUGGUCAAAUACGUAUUUUUGCAGAUGAAUCCUACCGACAGAGACUUUCCGAGAGCCUCAGACAACAGAUACAACCUGGAAUUCUACCGUCUACUGGAUUCCUGAACCUUUGUCUCCAGGCUUAUUUUACACACUUCCAGUCCAUCUUUCCUCUGGUUCAUAUGCCAACAUUUCAACCCUCCAAGAACAAUGCCAUUCUUCUCCUCUCCAUCUGCUCGAUCGGGAGUCUGUUUCUGGGGUCAUCGCGGGCCAUGGCCCAUGGCAUAAGCAUGUUUGAAAGGAUGCAGAAGGCAAUCUUGGCCUCGUGGGAGACCCAUAUCUCACAGCGCAAGGGUUUAUCGAUUAUUUCUUUACAAGCUGCGCUCAUAGGUCAAACCUUUGGCCUUCUGGUCGGGAGACCCAAGGACCUCACUGGAAUUGAUAUCUUCCAUGGAAGCAUAAUUGCCUGGGCACGCAAAGCGAGGCUAUUUAGCCUUACAGAGGAUGCCAGAGCAUGUAGCAUAAAUAUAGAGGAGAAUGGUGAGGAGCUAGAAGGAGCAUGGAGAGCCUGGGUGCGAACGGAGGAGAAGAAACGUAUUAUUUUGGGCAUCUACAUUCAUGAUGUGGAACUGGCUAAGCUGCACAAUCACGAACCCAUUCUCCGACAUGGAGUUGAAAAGGUGCCAAAAUUAUCGCCGCCAAACGUGUUCACCGCGCCCAACGCAGCCGCGUGGAAACGGGAGCUGAUGGCCGUACAGGCGCCAGUGCAUAUCCCACCAUCUCCAGCCGACACUGAUCCACUGUCACUAUCAGUCGAAACCAGACCAGGCGAUGAUUUCGAGUGCUAUGCGAUCCUUGAGUCCAUCGGCGCGUUGGCCCACGAGGAUCGCGACGCUGGGGGAACUCGGCUGGACAUUGUUCAAAACUGCCAGAGGUUAUUAACCCAGUGGUAUCUCAGACGCUUCAACCACAGCCCACGAAACGCUCUGCACGCCAGCAAGAUCCAGGACCCCUUCUGCCUCAUGAUCCUCUGGCACUCGACUUUCAUGCACCUCUAUACCCGUUUUGAUGACCUGGAAUGUGCCUGCGGACGAGAGGGCGAGGCGGUAUCGCAGCAAAAGCGCCCCUACGCAGAAGCCUGGGUCAGGUCAGUUGAUGCAAAACGGACGCUCCUUCACGCAACCUUGGUCCAGAGACACUUCCAGUCCAUUGCGGUUGGUGCGGAGCCAGCAGUCCAUGUGCCAAUGGCAUUGUACUAUUGUGGCAUUGCCUGGGCAUCUUUUACUCAGUUCCGGAUGCUUGAACCGCCGAUCGAUGGUGAUUCUGAAGAAUUGGAUUUCCCGGAGCUGAGAAUGUUAGGUGUCAACCAGACGAAACUCUUCUGUGAAGUGACUCGCGGAAUCCAACUGGGGAGACUGGAAUCCGGGCCCCUUUUCGUUAUUAUUGACCUGUUAGGGAAGAUAAGCCAUUGGAAAAUAUCUGAAAACCUUUCAGCUACCCUACUGGCUUUUGUGGAGAAUUUGCCAGAUCUAUUUUGA